AUGUUCCCAUAUCACCAUUAUUGUCUUGAUUUGACUAACGUCGACUAUCCAAACAGACUUGAAAAGGCAAUUACGCAGAUCAUAAAGGACGAUUUCACUGAAAGAUUCUGUAUUUCAUUGGUCGACCGGUCUGUUCGUUCAGGCAACGUGCACGUCUUCGUUCAUAAAAUGGAGGGUACCGAUCUUAAAGAGAUAAUGAAAGUGAUCCCACUAUCGUACGUACUACAUUCCUAUUUCAUGCUUCAUGAAGUGUUCGGACGAGCUGUCACCGAAACCGAGAAGAAAACUGGCCGCCCUUCUUCGUGGGUCACCAUUCUCGAUUUAAAAGGCCUUAACUUAUCUGAUUUUUUGAAUCCACUCUCCUCACCAGUGCAACUCGCCCGAUUAGUUGUAAAAGUCUGGUCGGAAUACUUCAGUGAUAAUAUGUGUAAGCUGUUAAUUGUUAAUCCACCAGGAAUCGUCUCUCUUAUGUUUAAGAUCUCAAAAUUUAUCAUGGAUUCCCGAACGGCCAAUCAAUUAGCAUUCUUAAGCGACGUUAGCGAAUUGCACAACUACCUCGAACCUCAGGCAAUCCCAGUAGAAUAUGGUGGAACAUGGCGUGAUGAUUCGGGUUAUGCGAAACCACCUGAAAGCUGCACUCGACCGCUGCAACCAGUAACAAGUUCAGACUACAGAGGAGUAAGUAGAGGCUUAGAUUUUCCGGUAUGA